GUUUUCUGUUUUGUUCUAUGUGUGCUUGAGGGGAAGUAACCGCAUUCCUCAUACAGUACAUAAAAAAAUAGCUGCCAGUGGCCGCUGUAGCUCACAAGCACGGAGCAUUCACACCAGAUCGCCAACUACUAACUAGAGACAGCAGCAUGACCUGUGAGCGGUUCACCAGCACUCACGCAGGUACUGGGUCCUUGAGACUGUUCAUGACCGCGGCUCUGUGCAGCUCCCUCUGCCUCCUGCUGGUGGAAUCCUCCUCAGUGUCACCUCCAACAAUAAUAGAACCAAGAAGAUCUCAAGUCAGGGCUGCAGUGGGAAAGCCUCUAGUCAUUCCGUGCAAGGCUGAUCCUGGAUUCCCUGAUGACUUCAGUCUCAUCUACUGGCUGGCGAACAGAACCUUCAUUGAAACUGCAUACCCCAAAAACAAUAUCAAGGAAAGUGAAGAGAAGACAUACACAAAAGACGGCGUAAACUACAUCCAAAGAGACCUGAUGUUUGAAAAGGUAGCCAAAAAGGAUUUUAGAAGUGUCUUCACUUGUGUCGUCAAUAAUCCAGCUGGCAUUGUCACACAAACCAUCAAACUGGUUAAUGUACAAAGGAGACGUGUGCUGAGAUGCGAUUCCAGCAGACAGUAAACAGCUCACACUAAUGAAUAAGGUGUCAACAUUCCAGACGGAGAUGUAAAAAGGGCUUCCCAUCCAUUUGCAGUCCUAGGAAUCUUCAACCUGUGUAACUGAAAGCAACCACAAGUAAUACAGUACAUGGCAGAUGGAUUCAUCUUGCAAAAAGUACUGUAGUGUUUCUGAAACAACUCUAUAUAAUUGAUGUCAAGUGUAAUUACAUUUCUGGAUUUCAUUGCAUUUGAUUAAAAUCUCAAAAUAACCUUAACAUUGACAGUGUUUAAAUCAUACUAGAAUGAACACUGUUCUAAGGAGGAAUAUGCAGCCCACCACAUUGGUGAGGUAUCAAUAAUGGAUCAAUCUUUUCAGAAGACUCUCCAAGUGCCACAUCUAUGGUUAGGUAUUUUGGUUUAGGCAUCAAAUCAUUGUAUAUGAAGGCAUGUGACUAUGAUUUCAGUGUAAAAAAAUCUUAUCAAAAUUUAAACCUAGGUUCAAGAGCACGGUUUAAUGUGGUGGUGCUGGUCUUUGAACAUUCUAUGACAAUUCCCUUUUUUAGCAAGGCUUACAAAAUGACUGCAAUAGUUUACAUUAGGCUUUUAUUUGUGUAUUUUACUGCUUAUAUGCUGUACAGUUUAUGACAAUUAUUCAGUGUUCCUCUGUGGCUUUCCUUAUUGUCUGAGGAAAAAAAGUGAAUCAACACCUAUAUUAGAAAUGGAUUCUGCCAUGAAGGGCCAGUAUCCAUACUGUAAAAGAACUUCCUUAAUAAAAAAAAAAACUGAUGGGUUUCAGUCCUA